AUGGAAGACGCCAGCUUGCAUGUGGGGGAUCAUUAUGCAGAUGAUCAAUAUAAUCUGAAUUUCAGCAAAAGAGAAGGAAAGAACAUGGAACAUGGGAAAGAAGUUCACCAAAAGACAGUUACAUUGGACAGGCCUCUCAAGAAGAUCCGAAGCCCUGCAGCAAUAUCCAAUCAUCAUCAAACAUACCCAAGAACACCCAUGUGUUCUCCAUCUUCAAGGUUUGUUUUCCCUUUCGCUGUAGACCAUGAACCUCAAGCAAUUACAAGAUCUAGACAAAUAGGAGUUACAACUCAAUCUCCAGCUGGGUUUCAUUCAACAUCAUCGAUACCAUCCGAGAAUCACCAUAUGAUUUCUUUUGGACCUGAACAUGAUCAUCAGGAGCUUCUUCAGGACUGGAAAGACACCCUAGCUUUGAGUCCUCGAGGAAGAUCAGCUACAACAGUGAUGAUGAAUAGAUUAGGACUUGUUCUUCCCCAUAACCUUCCUGUUUCGCCCCCUAAAAUUUACAGGGGCGUUAGGCAACGGCACUGGGGGAAAUGGGUAGCGGAGAUUCGUCUCCCUCGAAACAGGAAGCGUUUGUGGUUAGGCACAUUCGAUACCGCAGAAGAAGCUGCUUUGGCUUAUGAUCGUGAAGCCUUCAGGUUGAGAGGAGAGAAUGCGAGACUCAAUUUUCCUCAUCUUUUCCCUGGCAGCGAAGCAGCAUGCCAGAUGGAGGCACCAGAAGUCUCAGGUACAAGCUCCCUAUCUUCAUCUUGCAUCGCCACUGAGACCUCUAAACUCAACAAGUUCCAAAUGCCCAAUAAACAGGGAGUUGUAGUUCCUUCAACCAAUGGAAACAAAACUAGCAUAAUCACGGAGUACACUGAAAAGGGCUUUGAGUACAAAAGCAGUUUUGAUGAAUCAAGAUCAGAGGAUAUUAUUCUCGCUGAUAAUCAGGCAGGUAGAAUAAGUAUUCCACCAGAACAAGGUCUUCAGGGUUUUUCUGAUCCAAUUAUGUGGGGGAGGAGCAUGACAGAAGUUUUGACCACUGCAAUCCAGGGUGGCAGUAGUGGUUUUCCCAUUCCAAGUAGUCCAAUGUGGGAAAACAUUACCAUGACAGAUUUGCUGCAACAAUCUGAUGGAUAUUGCUUGACUGAAAAUUCAUGCGCCGUUCUUGAUGUUCAAAUGCCUUCAAUCCCUUAA